AUGCUGCUGCUGUUGUUGCUGCUGCUGCCGUUGCUGUUAGAGUCGGAGCUGCAAGCAGCAAGAGCUGAAGCUGCGUGUCUGAAGGAAGCAGCAGCAGGGAGCCGCAGCAAGCAGCAACAGUUGCAGCAGCAGCUGGAAUUCAAGGCAGCAGAGCAGGCAGAAGUUCUCUCUAUUCUGCAGGCUGUGUGGCAACAGGCAGAGGCAGCAGCAGCAGCAGUAUCUCGGGAACUUUCGAGCAGCAAAAGCAGCAGCAGCAACGGAAGCAGCAACAUCAAGAGCAGCAGCAGGAACAGCAGCAGUGCCAGGAGCAACGACAGCAGAAGCGCCACCGCAGCUCCUCCACCAGAUGCACACAACAACAGCAACGCCGCCAACAGCAGCAGCAGCAGCAGCAGCAGCAGCGACAACGUGCAGCAGCACGCGCUGCGUGUAGCGCGUGGGGUUUCUGUAUUGCAGAGCCUCCUAGGCGAGUUGCGGCGACGGCUGCUUGAGGCUGAGGCUGCCUGCGAGCAGCAGCAGCAGCAGCAGCAGCGGCUGCAGCAGCAGGUGCAGCAGCAGCAGCAGCAGCUGGAGGAGAAAGACAAGGAGCUGCUGCAGGAAAGAGACACCUCCGCACGGCUGCGCAGGCAGUGCAGCGCAGCAGCAGCAAAAACGAAGCAGCUAGCUGCUGCUUCUAAGGAGUAUCAGCGAGCAGCACUAGAUCUGGGAUUAAAGACUAGCACUCCGCAGAAGCUGUGGGGCGCAGCAGCAGCAACAAAGGCAGCAGCAGCAACAGCCGCUGCAGCGGCUGCUGCGGCUGCUGCGGCUGCAGCUGCGGGCACGGCAAAGCCGGCUGCCAACACGCCAGAUACUGCUGCUGCUGCUGCUGCUGCUGAUCUCAACGCCCCGAUUCACUUGCCGCUGUUGCUAAGCAGCAGCAGCGUCACACAAGCAGCAGCAGCAGCAAUAGCUUCGGAGGCCACUAGGCUCUUCAGUGCCGCACAGCAGCAACAGCAGCAACAGCAGCAGCAACAGCAACAGCAACAGGCACUAGGCUGCCAGGGUCCAUCAGUUCGGGCUUCUGACGUUUUAGAGACACCUCAGCAGCAGCAGCAGCAGCAGCAGCAGCAGCACGGGUACCCACAUCAGAUGGCAAUGCUGCUAGGACAGCGAAUUGGGGACCCCGCUGAGAAGCAGCAGCAGCAGCACGAUAUUGGUUUGGAGAGCUCACAAAGCUUUGCGACAACUGCAACAGAACCAGCAACUGCUGCUGCUGCCUCUGCAGCAGCAGCAGCAGCAGCAACACAAAAGGCCAACAACCCACUUCAAGAAACCCAUGAAGAGCCAGCAGCUGUGCGCAGAGCAACGUCUGCAUGCAACACGCAACAGCAGCAGCAACAGCAGCAGCAACAGCAGCAGCAGCAGCAGCAACACUGCUGCGGGCAAGUCUGCAGCGUAGAGGGCUACGGCAGCAGCUGCUGCUGCAUGUGGGGUGCUGCUGCGUCUCCUCGCAGCUGCUGCUGCGCUGCCAUCCCUCGCUGUCCUUGCUGCAGGGAUGCUGCAGCAGCGGCUACAGAGUCGUCGUCAUCAGCAGCCGCAGCAGCAGUAGCAGCAGCGGCUGCUGCUGCUGCUGCAGCUGCUGCUGAUUCUGGAGUCUGCUGCUGCAGCGUCACCUCUGAUGAGACCAGCUCAAGACACAGCAGCCUGCGGACAGACCUGAAGCAGCUGAGGAAACUGCUGCUGCAGGACCCCAACCGCCCUGCUGCUGCGGCUGCUGCUGCUGCUUCUGCAGCUGCUGCUAGUAGCACCAGAAGAGACACAAAGACAACAGCUGGCUGCUGCACCCGCUGCAGGGGCUCUGGGGAGGGGCUUCGUGCUCAGCAGCACCAGCUGCU